AUGGGUUGUUGCUCAAUGUGGCUAUAUCGAAUGCUCUGCUUCCUUUUUGCCUUCUUACUCUUCCAAGUUAAUUCUUCAUCGAUAUCCCUUCUAUCAUUUCGUCCUCCACAAUCAUGCCCUUCUGAACAUAGUUCUGCUUUGAUCCAGUUCAAGAACAGCCUGUCUCUUGUCAGUGACUCUGAAAUAUGUAGAGAUUCUUAUCCUAAGACAGAAUCCUGGAACCAAAGUAUAGACUGUUGCUCCUGGGAGGGUGUCACGUGCCACAGCAUGACGGGUCGCGUGAUUGGCCUUGAUCUCAGUUGUAGUCUACUUGAAGGCAAUCUUCCAUCCAACAGCAGCCUCUUCCUCCUUCAGGAUCUCCAGUGGCUUAACCUUGCCCACCUCAAUUUCAUUGAUUCUCAAAUUCCUUCUGAGUUUAGUAAGUUGAGGAGUCUAACCCAUCUCAAUCUUUCUUAUACAGGGUUCCACGGUAUGGUUACAGAGCAAAUCUCUCUUUUGUCAGAACUGGUUUCACUUGAUCUGUCAACUCCUCGAUUAAUGCUCGAUAACCAUCAUUUUAACAUGCUUGUGCAUAACCUAACAAAGUUAGAAGAUCUUUUCCUUGACCAUGUGGAUAUGUAUUUGGUUAGACCAAAUUCCUUUCUGAACUUGACUGCCUCGUUAAAGCGUUUGAGUCUUUAUGACUGUCAACUGCAAGGAAAAUUUCCAAGUGAAAUUUUCAGCCUUCCGUAUCUAGAAAAAAUCAUUUUAAGAGAAAAUCAUUUUCUCAGUGGUUAUCUCCCUAAAUCAAAUUGGAGUAGUCCCCUUAGAUUUUUGCACCUUUCAGAAACAAGUUUCUCAGACGAGUUACCAGACUCAAUUGGAAAUCUUGAAAACUUGGAAGAACUUGACCUUUCUUUUUGUUAUUUCACAGGGUCAAUCCCUUCAUCUCUUGGAAACCUCACCAAAAUCACUUUCUUACAUUUAAAAUCUAACAAUUUUGAAGGUCAAAUUCCAGAUGUUUUUGGGAACUUCAAGAAACUAAUUAUGUUGGAUUUUUCUUUUAACAAUUUCCAUGGUUUAUUUCCAUCAUCAGUAUUUAACCUCACUGGAGUUACUGACAUGGCCUUCAACAAUAAUCAUUUAGGGGGUCCCCUUCCAUACAAUAUAAGUGGACUCUCAAAUCUUCAACGCCUCUUUUUAUCUGCAAACUUGCUGGAUGGCAGAGUGCCAGGUUGGUUGUUUAGUCUACCAGUGAAUCUUGCUUUACUUGAUCUUUCAUCAAAUAAUUUGAGUGGCAACAUUGAGUCAUGCAUGCUCUCAAAGCUUAGAAAUUUACAGGAGCUUGAUCUUUCAAAUAACAGUUUAUUAUCAUUGAGUAGCUGUAGCAAUGAUGUGAAUUCCACCUUCCCCAAGCUAAAUAUUUUGUGUUUCUCUUCUUGCAACAUACACCAAUUCCCAAGUUUCUUGAGAGCAUCCGAGACUUUGUCCCGUUUAGAUCUUUCUAAUAACAAAAUUCAGGGUUCCAUUUCCAAAUUGGAGGCCGAAGGGUGGGAGAGUUUGACCUAUUUGGACCUUUCUUUCAAUUUGUUGACAAAUGUAGACCACUUUCCUGGGAAGACUCUUCAGACAAUUGACCUUCGUUCAAAUUCGCUUCAAGGACCACUUCCUACUCCACCACAUUCAAUACAUCAUCUCUUGAUUUCAGAAAAUGAAUUGACUGGAGAAAUCCCUUCAGGGUUUUGCAAUAUAACUUUCCCUCAAGUCCUCGACAUGUCAAAGAAUAACCUGAGUGGAAUCAUUCCAAGAUGUCUUGGAAAUUACCGCUUCCUCUCUGUUCUGAAUUUACGAAUGAAUAACUUCGAUGGCAAAAUCCCAAGAAUGUGUACUGAUGAAGGUAGUUGGUUGAGAAGUCUUAACCUCAAUAACAACCAACUAGAAGGACCCAUACCACGAUCUUUGGUGAAUUGCAGUGAAUUGGAAUUUCUAGAUUUGGGCAACAACAACUUGAAUGACUCCUUUCCUCGUUGGUUAGGUGUACUUUCGAGCCUUCAAAUCCUUGUCCUGCGAUCUAAUAAAUUUCAUGGUCCAGUACCAAAUUUGAGGAGCACAUCUUUCUUUACUAGUUUGCGAGUCAUUGAUGUCUCUCAGAAUGAGUUCAAUGGCCACUUGCCAAAUAAAUUCUUUCAAAAUUUGAAGGGUAUGAAGGAUAUCCAUGAACAGCCAGCCGGUCCAUACUAUAUUGGAGAGUUAUAUUAUAAGGAUUCCAUGAUUUUAACAAUCAAAGGAUUGGAGAGAACUUUUGAGAAAAUAUUAGAUAUUUUCACAACUAUUGAUUUUUCAAGCAAUCAAUUCGAAGGACAGGUUCCCGAAGUAGUGGGAGAACUUAAAGAUCUUUUGGUGCUCAACUUCUCUCAUAACAGCCUAACAGGUCAAAUCCCAUCAUCAUUGGGGAAUUUGUUAGCACUGGAAUCAUUAGAUCUCUCAUCAAAUAAGAUUGAAGGAAGGAUCCCUAUGCAAUUGACGAAUCUGAUAUUUCUUGCAGUGUUAAAUCUUUCUCAAAACAAUCUCGUGGGACCGAUUCCUAGAGGAUAUCAGUUUAAUACUUUCACAAAUGAUUCCUACAUAGGUAACUUACAGUUAUGUGGAUUUCCGUUGUCAAAGGAAUGUGGGGAAAGUGAGGGAACAGAAGCACCUCCAUCAAUAUUUGAUGAAGAUGAUGAUAAUGGAAGAGCACUUACUUGGAAAUUUGCAAUGAUGGGUUAUGGAUGUGGACUUGUGUUGGGAUUGAGCAUGGGAUACAUUGUAUUCACAGCAGGAAAACCAGCUUGGUUAGUGAAGAUUAUCCAGAGAGCCCCAAACCAAAAAGUCAGAAGGCAAAUCCAGAAAACUAGAGUAAGAAGAAAUAAGCCAAUACAACCAGUACUCUAAUGUCAGCUGUUCCAUAUAAAUAU